GCGGCGCGGGCGGAUGACGCGCGCGAGCAGCGCGGGGAUUUUCGAGUGGCCGCGGAGCGCGGGAGGCCGCCGGCUGGCCGAGCCCGCCGGGAGGGGCCAUGGACUCGGUCGCCGAGCCUCGGUGGCCGCCGGGCCUGGCGGUGAUGAAGACGAUAGACGACCUGCUGCGCUGCGGAAUCUGCUUUGAAUAUUUCAACAUCGCCAUGAUGAUCCCCCAGUGUUCCCAUAACUGUGAGUAUGGGCCGUUCCGCGGGCCGGAGGCACCUGGAGACUCCUCACAGCAGAAACCAAACUGCUCUCUCUGUAUCCGGAAGUUUCUGUCCUACAAAACACAGUGCCCGACGUGUUGUGUGACCGUCACAGAGCCAGACUUGAAGAACAAUCGCGUAUUAGAUGAACUGGUAAAGAGCUUGAACUUUGCACGGAACCACGUGUUGCAGUUUGCUCUGGAGUCUCCGCCCACCUCUCCUGCUUCGUCCUCCUCCAAGAAGCCCUCAGCCCGCGUGGACCUGCCCGGGGGCGCCAGGCAGCCCCAGAAGCAGGCGACGCGGCUGCUGGACAGUUUCCUCGUCAAGGAGACAGGGGCCGCGGCGCCCCAGCCCCUGGCCAGGGACAAGGAGAGCAAGUUCAGCCCCCGGGGAGAGGCGCACGCCACGGCCAAGGGCAAGGAGUCUGCGGACAGGCCAGCGCCGGCCUCCUCGGCCACCGCGGGGCCCGAGACGCCCUCCACGUCCACCCCGAACCCCAGCCCAAGAGUGGAUUGUCCCGUGUGUGGGGUCAGCAUUCCGGAGAAUCACAUUAACAAGCACUUAGACUGCUGUCUGUCCCGCGGCGAGAAGAAGGAGAGUCUGCGAAGUUCUGCUCACAAAAGGAAGCCGCUGCCCAAGACUGUCUACAACCUGCUCACCGACCGCGAGCUGCGGAGGAAGCUGAAGCAGCACGGGCUGUCCGUCCACGGCACUAAGCAGCAGCUCAUUAAACGGCACCAGGAGUUCGUGCACAUGUACAAUGCCCAGUGCGACGCGCUGCACCCCAAGUCAGCUGCGGAGAUUGUUCAAGAAAUCGAAAAUAUGGAGAAGACCCGGAUGCGUCUGGAAGCCAGUAGACUCAACGAGAGCAUAAUGGUUUUCACAAAGCACCAAACGGAGAAGGAAAUAGAUGAGAUCCACAGCAAGUACCGUAAAAAGCAUCACAAUGAAUUUCAGCUGCUGGUGGAUCAGGCCAAGAAAGGCUACAAGAAAACCGGGGAAGCGGCCCCCAAGAAGGUGGCCAAGAAAGAAGAGGCGUGUGCAGAGAGGCCGUCUCCGGUGUGCCCAGGACAGGAAGAGAAGAAGAUGAGGGCGUCCGGGGGGCCCUUGGCCGCCAGCCGCCUCCCGCGGGCACAGCGGGCGUCCUCGGGGAGCUCGGAGCCCGAGAGGGCCGACGACGACUCUGCCAGCUGCUCCGACCCCCGGGAAGCGUCACCCUCGUCCCCGGAAUCAGACUCCUGCAAUAGCUCCAGCUCGGACAUCAUCAGGGACCUUCUGGAGCAGGAGGAGGCCUGGGAGGCGGCGCACAGGAAUGAAGUGCCGGACACAGAGUGGGCCCCGAGACACGCCCGCCGUGCCAGGGCCGCCGACGGGGCCGAGACGGAGCCCAGGAAUAAGCGGAACAGGAACUAGCCCGGCCCGGCCCCUUGGGUCUGGCCGGCCCUGGACUUUACCCUCAGACGGCCCUGAAGAUGCCCGACUCCGAGCGUCCCGGGAGAGUCCUGCCGCGUCCCCCGCCGCCCUCACUCGCGCCCGCCCAGUGGGCAGUGCAUGCCGGGGUCGGAGGUGCCCACCCUUCUCCUCUGCCCCGGAGAGACCAGCCUCGGGCCUCUCCCGGUCCCCGCGGGCCCCCGGCCCGGGACAGUCGCAGGCAGGAGCAGUGUGGGGAGGCGCCACUGCUCUGAGUCUCUGCUCUUGGGUCACUUAACUCUCUCGCCUCCCGAGUCCCCGCUGUUCCGCAGGAAGCGCAAUAAACGGCUUUUGUAAAUGA